UCCGCCGCUUUACUGCGUUUCUGAACACACCCCGUUUACGAGGACGGACAUGCGAAAACCGUCGCAUCGACGGUACGACUAUAUACUUUGACCAAACGUAAUAUAGCUAAAACUAAAGUUGAUCGGGAUUAUAGAAUACGCUUCCAAAAAGCACCUUCAAGGUGACUAUGGAUGCAGUCAACGCUUUUAACAUGGAGUUAUUCUCCAUGAUAGACAUGAAGCCCCCUAUAUCUCGGGCAAAAAUGAUGUCUAUAACUAAGUCCGCCAUAAAGGCCAUUAAGUUAUACAAGCAUGUUGUUCAGAUUGUUGAGAAAUUCGUCAAGAAGUGCAAACCUGAGUUGAAGAUCCCAGGCCUUUACGUAGUGGAUUCCAUCGUACGGCAGUCUCGUCAUCAGUUCGGUAUGGACAAGGAUGUGUUUGGGCCUAGGUUCUUGAAGAACUUCACCGCAACCUUUCAGAACCUUUAUAUGUGUCCAACUGAUGACAAGUGUAAGAUACUGCGUGUGUUGAACCUGUGGCAAAAGAAUGGGGUUUUCAGUAUGGACAUCAUUCAGCCUCUGUUGGACAUGGCCGCAGCUACUAUGAUGCCUAUAGUGGAAAAUGGCCUUCCAGCUGCAGCCUCCCCACCCCCAGCUGUGCCGGCGGAGAUCUCGCUGCCGGUCACCAGUGCCUCCAUCGUGCAGGCGCUGCCCCAGCUCCAGAACUCCGGGGCCCUUGCAGCCGUGGCUCAGCUCUUCCAGUCCUCACAGGGUCAAGAGUUGCAGCAAAUUCUCCAGAAUCUUCAGCAACCCCGGGUUUCUGUGAUUGAGGGCUCAUCUGGAGUAGCAGCAGCUGGACCCCCAAUGGCUUCAUCCCAGCCCGUCCCUCACAGUCUUCCCCAUACAGAGCAGAAGAACUCCUUUGCUAAGAAACUUCUUGACCGUUUUGACUAUGAUGAUGAACCAGAGGCUGCUGAGGAUGUGAAGGACGACUUGGCUCCAAAUAUGCAACCAAAUAUGCAGCAACAGAUGAUGUACGCUCAGUUUCCUGCCCAGAUGCCCAACCAGCCUUGCCCAGGGCAGAUGCAGGCGAUGGGCCAGCCCCUCAUAAACCAGCAGAUGGGUGCCAUGUCCUACAUGCCCCAGGUGGAGGCCAGCGCCCCUACUGCCUCUCAUCAGCCUCAGGUGGCUGUGAUGGAGGGCGAUCCAUCAGGGAGGCGAGACAGAAAGGAUGACGCACGAGGCAGGAGAUCACGAUCCAGAUCGCCCAGAAGGCAUUCGCCCUCACGCUCCCGCAAGUCACGCUCCGGCUCUCGCUCCCGCCGCUCACGGUUCCAUCGCUCACGCUCCCGCUCAAGGGACCGGCGCUCCCGAGACUGGCGCUCGCCCCGUUCCCGAUCAGAGGAGAGAAGGGAGAGAGAGAGGGAACGGGAGCGGAGGCAGAAGGGACUGCCCCCUUUAAAGAGCAAAACACUUAGUGUGUGCAGCACUACACUGUGGGUUGGCCAGCUGGACAAGAAAACUUCACAACAAGACAUAUCAUCACUACUGGAGGAGUUUGGUCAGAUUGAGUCCAUAAAUAUGAUCCCCCCCAGAGGCUGUGCCUACAUCGUCAUGGUGCACAGGCAGGAUGCCUACAGGGCCCUCACCAGUCUCAGCAGGGGGACGGUCAAGGUCAACCAGAAGCCCAUCAAGAUUGCUUGGGCGUUGAACAAGGGCAUAAAGACCGAUGUGAAGCAGUUGUGGGAUGUGGAGCGCGGGGUCACAUACAUCCCCUGGAGCAAGGUCAAAGUGGAGGUCCUGGAGACCUAUCGGGAAGGAGGCAUGCUGGACGCUGAGACUCUUUGUCCAGACUGGGACGGCUCUGUCAAGGACCUGGUGAAGCCUGGAGCAGGAAGUGGAGGUCAGGAAGGACGCCGGUCAGAGGACCACUCAAUGUCUACGGUACAGGUGCCGCCUACCGUCCCCGUGGUCUCAGCAGGGAAUCCUUCUUUCCACCCUCCCAUGGGCCUUCCACCUCCAGCCAUGAUGCCAGGGGGUCCACCUCCUCCCUUCUUACCUCCAGGCUUUGACCCUGGCCAGAUUCCCCCAGGAUUUCCUCUGCCUGGUGCUAUGCCUGCUACUGGACCUCUGCCAGCUGGCCCUCCCAUGAACAUGCCACCAAUGUCCGGACCAGGAAACUCUGUGGAGGAGCCGCUGAAAGACAAGAUGGUUCCGGAGAAUACUCCGUCCGAUGCUCUAGGAAUCCACGAGUCCAUGAGUCCCCCACCAACAGUAGGCCUCCUCGGGGCCAGGCCCGGCAUGAUGCCCCUGCAGCGUCCUCCAGGACCACCCCCGUUCAUGCCCCAUUUCCCCCAUGAUAUGCCACCCCCGAACAUGCCUCCCAUGCAUCCUCCGAUGAUGCCCCGGGGCCCGAACCCCAUGAUGUACCGGGAGCCUCCACCUGGGCGGUUCCGAAUGCCAAUGCCCCAUCCCCCAAGAGACGACUUCCACCCGCCCCCAGAAGAUUUCCCCCCGCAGAUGGACGACUUCCCGCCUCCUCACGGGCCGCACAUGGGUCCCGAGGACAUGGAUGACUGGGAGGGUCCACCACCGCCGUUCGCCAACGAUUGGCACAGGGAGCCAGGCUGGUACAGGGACCAGCCCCCCCACAGGGGGAGGGGCAGGCGUGGUUGGGGACGGGACAGACCAGGACCCGGAGGUCCAGGCCGCUUCAUGAAUCGCCAUGAAGGGUUCGACUAGCAUACUGAGCCUAAGCUCAUUAGAGGAACUGUUGGGACACUGAACCACGUAUUAUUUUUAACGUGUGGGGAAUAGUGGGACUAUAUUUUUUGGAAGACGUUACUACAGGGUGACAUCAUAGAUUAAAUCAGUGCCAACAGUUCAGUGAUGAUCACCAGUAAUCACCAGGUGUUCUAACUUUAGAUUACCCCAAAUUCCCUCCAGCCUGAGGAACACUAACACAUUGCUUAUAUGAAGGAGCGAACCUGAGUUCACCUGUCCGUUGAAACCACUGUGCUUUGUCCAUUAUGUAAGCUUGAGUAUUGUCUAAAAAGAGAGAAGAAAAUGUUUCUGUACAUACAAACACACUGCUCAAUCCUUUUGUAUAUUUUGAAAUAGCAUUUUGUCCAGACUGUACUAUGUUUCUGUCAGAGCAGGAGAUUGUUGUAAAACCCUUUGAAGAGUGUGUGCCCUGAUGUUUUUUUCUUUCUUUCUCGGUUUUGACCUGAAGAGCGAUGACAUUUUUAUUGAACAGUAAGGUACAAACAUGAAGAUGUGUUGCACAGUACUUUUCAUCUUUGGCAUUUGUUUUUAGUAAACUAUUUUUGUAUCA